AUGCUCCAAGACUGGAAAUGGACACCCGAGGUACUCUCGCUCUUUCUUCUUCUGUCACACAGUCCAGCAAAGCGGUCACGUAAAGAAGACGGCAUUCUACUCGAGCCCGAUGAGCCAAAGUCCCUUGUGGACGAGUUUGCAAAUGAAGAGCCUAUCUUCGUCGAAGAGGACACUGGGCUCUGGAAGAACGUGAAUUUUGGUGCCGAUGGUUCCGAUGACUCCGACGGAGGUGAAGCGGCCUUUUCGGAAGAACCGCGCGAGCAAACGAUCUCGGAGUCUUCAUUUGUACAGGAAGCUGAUCCUGAGCCCGAAACUCUGAUUCUACCACACAUAGAGACGGACGUCAAUAUCUUAAUCCAGCAUCAAUUGUGGAGGCAAGGGGCGGAGGAAAACAAAGGCCGAAAGCAUGAUCCUGAACAAAGUGAGGUCUCCAUGACGGAGCUACAGACUGUUCGAGAGAUCAUUCACAUGCUUCUUGAUUUACCUACGACUAUCUUUGUUGAAAAGUGUAACGGCACUACUAUUGAGUGUCGAGAGAUUUCUAUUAAGCAGCUUUCGCCAAGUUCAGUCAACAGUUUGCUCCAGAAAUUCUCUCUCCUGGGUGCUGAGCUAAGACGAGUCCGGCACUUCGUAAAUCGGAAAGAAAAUGCGCACCUUGUUCAAAGGUUUCAGUCCCUGCUUAGCUAUCGGCUCAAGAUUAUAGAUGAUGCCUUAAACGAGUUGCAAUCAAGUAUUCUACACUCAAGCGUAGGCUAUGUGGUCAGUUUACUAGAUCUGUAUGAGAGAGCAUCCCAGAUAACCCGAUACAUCCGCCAUCUGAUUCCUACAUUGAGAGAUUCUAGAGAGGCGCAUGAAUUACGAAAGCCGUUUGGUAUAUUAGAAGGACUCUUUGAUGCUACCUGUGCUGCGCAGAAGAUGGGUGACGCUGAUCUAUAUGACUGUGCAGCAAAGAUCUUCCUCGGAUGCUUCACGAUGUAUCUGAAACCCCUGCAAAGCUGGAUUGAAAGCGGCGAUCUUGACGAAAAUGACCAAGAGAUGUUUAUCAAGAGAAAUAACGUUAGUGUGACAGAUGAUUCUGUAUGGCAAAAUCAAUUUUCUAUAAGGAGAAAUGGAGGUGGCGCAGUCUUUGCUCCAACGUUUCUUCAUGUUGCAACUUCUGAGAUCUUCAAGGCAGGUAAGAGCGUCUAUCUCUUGAAAAUCUUGGGUCAGCAGUCAGUCAAAGAAGACGUCGGUAGGCAAAGUGAGAAUGCAGGCAUGUUGUUUGAGAACAUCUGUCGACAAGAUGAUUCCAACCUGCUCAGCCCUUUUCCCGAGCUCUUCGAUGCAGCUCUUAACGCCUGGAUCACAAGGCACCAUCUGUCUGCUUCAACCAGACUUCGCCAAGUGCUGGAUCAAACCUGUGGCCUCAGUAGCUGCCUGGACGCCUUCGAAUAUCUUUAUUUCUCCAAAGAUGGUAUUUUGAGCAAUCUCGUCCUCACGCCCGUCUUCGACCGUCUCGAUGGCCACAAAAAGCACUGGGACGACCCAGUCAUCAUCGCUGACCUCUGCCGGAAGUCGUUUGCAAACAUUAGCGCCAUCAAUGUUGAAAAUGUCAAGGUGAAGUCGGGUCACGUAGGCCGAAGACAGCUUGGCCGGUCAAUGAACAUCCUCGAGAGAUUGGACAUAGAUUAUCAGCUUCCGUGGCCUCUUGCCAACAUUCUCCAUCCAUCGUCUGUUUCUACAUAUCAGCGCAUCCUAGUCUUCCUAGCUCAGCUUCAUCGGGCCAAGUAUCUGCUUCGCCUCUACAAGCUGCCAAUACAGAAUCGAUACCGUUCCACAGCAAGCUAUGUGCACACUCUUUACAGCUAUAGUAGUCGCCUCCUCUACUUCACCAAUGCGAUGUUAACUCACCUCCUCAUCAUGGUAUUAGAUGCUAAUACUGUAAAGAUGCGACUCGACAUGGCACAAGCAGAAGACAUCGAUGCAAUGAUCUCGAUUCAUCAAAAGUAUAUAGCCAAACUUGAGGAUCAGUGCUUUUUACACAAGAAGCACGCUUCCCUCAAGCAAGCGAUCCUUUCAAUCCUUGAUCUUACUGUCCUUUUCUCCGACAUCGUUGCGACAGUCGCUGAGGACUAUAGCCCAGAUACCGGGGUUCGCACGAGUGAAGGAUCUGUAUCUUCAAGUGAUGAUGAGGACGAUGAAAACAGAUCAUCUGGCCAAUUUCAAAGAGCUAGAGAGGGGAGUGCACUGAAUGGCCAGGGCUCGUAUCAAGGCGCGGCCGCACGAGACGCAAAGCUCAACAAAAUACGAAACACCUUCAAGCAACUGCAUGCAUUUAUCACAACGUCGAUUACAGGUUUAAGCAAGGCCGACGGCGCCCCCUGCUGGGAGGUCUUGGCCAGUAGCCUGUUCAGUGGCAGGUCAGGAAGCUGA